CCGAAGCCGCACACACUCACACUAGGACAGCGAGGGAAGGACAGCGGCUCGGACACCCCACCCGCACAGCCUUUCAAAGGAAGCAUGUCUGCGGAUAAAGUGUCUGAGAUGAUCUCUGAAUCCUUCAAACAUGACCAGGAUGGUAUCCAGGCAUCCGUUAAAUCCGAGAAUUCAUCUGACGGGCAAAGGGGCCAAGUGCAGAGGAGAAGCUCUGUGGUUAAUAGCAGGAAGAGACACCGGCCCUCAACUAGCGAGUCCGAGAAGGAUUCCGGCUUCUCAGAUACCAGUUCAGAAUAUCUGAGCGCUGUUGAGCAGAUGGAUUGCGAAGAUCAAGCCAGUUUGAACCUGGUGUGUGGCAGACACUCAGCGCUGAGGCGGGCUCACAAGGCGGCAGUACUGAGAAAUCCUUUCACCGGGCUGGCCCCAGUUUACAUCAUGAUUAAAGAGCCUUUAUCUAUCCCAACCGGUGACCAGCUUCUUCACGCCCAGCUGCGGGCCUGGGGGCGCGCCAGACCCCCGCUGGGCACAGCACCAGACCCCAACCGAGUCCUAGUCCUGCGACAGCCGUUACCGGCCAAGUCGAGACCCUUGAGGACAGAGGAGAAUGCCGGAGCCGGGAAAGACACUUACCUCCCCAUUUUAAAUUCUUACCCGAAGAUCGCUCCUCACCCCGACAGACGGAGCCCGGGGCUACUGCUGGAGGCCGGGCACAGGGUCAGCAAGCGCUCGUCCGGGCCUGAGGCCGGAAGGAGCCCGUCGGAGGCUUCCCCUUUCCCGAGCACCAGACCCCCGGCCAAGGCUCCGGUAACCAGCCAACAACCGCCCGCCUUUGGCCUCGGGCAUCGUGUAAACGACCCCGAAGUGACGUCGUGGUCCUCACCCUCGUCCUCUCUGGGCCUGCCCUCUCCUCUCUCCCAGCCCGCGCUCUCCUCUUCUUCGCUCCCGCUCUGCUCGCUGUUCCCCCGCGGGACCUCGCGCUCCGCCAGCGUCCGAGCGUUCGCGGGAAGCGGUCCCGGGAACGCUGCCGGGAAGAAGCAGCGUUCCAACCUGCUGAAGCACAGGCGCUUCCACAACACCCUGGAGAUCCUGGAUAAGUCCGGGCUGCUGGGCAUCACCCUGAGAACCAAGGAGCUGAUCCGGCAGAACAGCAGCACCCAGCGGGAGAUCAGCGAGCUGAAGGAACACACCAGGCUGCUGUGUAGAGCCGUGCAGAGCAACGACCCUCGGGCUUGGGACAGGCUGCACGAGACCAUGAGGUGCUCGGGAAGUUACGGGGACCUGACCAGCAGAUCCGAUUCGCCCUGUUCUCUCUUCAGCCAGACCGCAGCGCUGGGUCCCGUCCUGUCGGCCACAGACAUCUCACCGUCGUGAAGUGCGAUUGCUGUUGUGAAGUAAAGGGAGAGAGAGAGAGAGUGCAACAGUCUGAGCUCAGCACCGUUCCUCUCUCACCUCACGUCAAACCUCCCCGACAGCUGAACUGACUCGUUGUGUUCAGGUUCCUCCGGGAAUCCAGCAACGACCAACGACAUUUACCCGCCACGUUUCACGUCAGGAGGACGUCCCAAAGCACUUGGACAGUUAGGGAUCCGCACCUCAGCUGGUGGUCGGAUCAGGAGGGUCAGGAGGGGUGGAGGGUUAAGAGUUGGGGCUUCAUUCGAUGGCAACGCUGGCAGUUUGCUUUCUGGAGCUGUUCUAAAAGCAGGAAUGUCGAGCCUGUCUCUCCCUCACCGCCCCCCCCACACAUUCUAUCAGACCAGGGGCUGAUCUGUAAAAAAAUUUAAAUGAAUGUUGGGCGGGCGCUGCCUUGCUGCGAGGGCUUUCCCUGAGCAGCGUUGUUCCCUCGGUGUGUAAUUCGUGACUUGUCAGGAUUUGCCGGUGAAGGUGAGAAAUCUGAUCUGAUUCCACAGCGAAGUGGUUUAUCAUCUCGGCAUUUUCCUGUACAGUGUGAUUUUUUUUAAAUUUAUAUAUUAUCUAUUAUACAUAAAUAUAUAUAUACAAUUGGGUAUUUUUAUGGCAUCUUGUUUAAAUGUAAUGUGAAAGCUGUGUGUCCUUGUGUGAAGUUCUGUAUCCCAGUGGAGUGUGUGUGUGUGUGUGUUUGUCUGUGGGGUGGGUGGUUAUGUGUGUCUUGUCUGUGUGUGGGGGCGGGUUGUGGGUGUAUCUUAAGAAUUUUUACGAAUAAAACCUUUUCUCAUUCA